AGUACGAAGACAAUGCGCGGGGGCAAGCUGCUACUGUACCCCCUUUAGCGGGUGCUAUCACCGUCACUUCCAUGUUGUAACUGCUAUGGUGGACAGCAAUAACUCUCAUGGAGGAAUACUCGACAGCAAAGAAACGGGAGUUCACGAUUCUGACUACUAUGUGGAGGUCACUGUAACAAAUCAAGCAUUGCUAACAACCAAACUGGACUUUAAGGUUACAAUAGACAUUAGUCCUCCUCAUACUGGCGUUGUCCACGAUGGUCAGUCUGGACACCCGGAAGUGGACUAUCAGGACAGUCUACAGCUCCACGUCCACUGGGACGGGUUCUUUGACAGAGAGAGUGGGGUCAUGUUCUAUCAGUACAUAUUUAGCUCUCACUGCCACGGAGCCGACGCUUUUGAUCUGGAUGUUCCUUCACAACAGGUCACGGAAACCUAUUCCACAUCCGCCUCCUGGACAGCGCCCACUGUCGGCAAGUAUCACGUGACAGUGGUGGCCUUCAACCGAGCACUGGAAGCAUCUGACCCAGUGUGUUCUGACGGAGUGACUGUAGACACAACACCACCCAGUGUCAGUGAGGUGGCAGUGAGAGACUCCAGGGUGAUGGAGGGGCUGGUCAAGUCAUCAGAUAAUGUUGUGUGGUUCAUCGACGCCCACAGGAGACGUGCCCAGGUGGUCAGUCCAGAUGACAGUUGCAGGUCCAUGGCCACGCCAGUAGAUGACGAGAGAUUGUCCUUGUUUCCAAUACAUCGUUACAUCAACGGAAGUAGGAUACAUAUGUACACCGAUGGUUGUGGAUCUCUAGUCGGUAUGCCUCCCACCUUCAUCACGUCUCUAUACGUCUGCAGGGAACAUCACCUCUUCGUAAACUGGACUGGCAGUGACACUGAGAGUGGUAUCUAUGACUACGAGCUUGGGCUGAUGUCAGAUCCUUCUGGUGAAGCAGCUCCAGAUAUCCUGCCCUACACGUCCACUCAUCAUCAUCCUCAGUAUCAGGGCUACCAUACCCGUCUCAGUGAGGGGCAACAGUUCUACAUCGCCAUCAAGGCCAUCAACAAAGCUGGCAUCUCAGCUUCAAAGGUUGUGGGCCCUGUAAAUGUACAUACCUUGUACCCUGGAUUUUCUGGAUCGAUCAAUGUUAUGUUGGAAAGUAACGUUCUGGUUGCCCGAUGGAAUAAGGCCUUCACAGAUCCCGAGUUACGGUAUCUCAAGUACGAAGUCUCUGUGAGCGGUCAGUCGACAAUAAUCCCCUUCACGACGCUGCAGUCAGGAGGAGGUUGUACACUGACGUCGCCACCCACGUGUACAGCUGUUGCCCUCACAGACCUCCACUGGGACCUCCAUCACAGCCACACCUACUUUGUGUCAGUCAGAGUCACCAACAUAGUAGGACUGUCUACAGUGGCAGUGUCUGAACCCUACGUCCAUGACGUCAUGCCGCCGUUACGUGGUGUAGUGGAAGACGUUAUUCCAGCUGGAGAAGAAUCUUUGCUCGAAAUAGAUAUAUCUGGAACACCUGAGAUUUCCGAGCCCCUUGGGUCGACUGAGAGGCUCAUAGUUGGUAACUUAGCUUUAGAACCAGGACGAACCUUCAGGGCUGCAGUCAAGUUCUGUGCUGGUAAAGUCUGUACGAAGCCCACCCAUAGUGACGGUGUGACUGUCAUACCCCAUCCCCAGCAGCUGGAAGCAUGGCAUUAA